UUAUUUAUCGUUUAUCGAUUCAUUUUGCACAAAAUAUUAUUUUGUGUUCAUCUUGUUAGAUUUGACUUUGUAUAUACAUAUAUUUUUUAAUGUGAUAAUUUAAGAUGUCUCACUCACAAUUUUAUGCUCACGAGAAUGUAAGUUUAGAUAAAAACGUUGACGCAUCAAUAAAGCCCGUCGAAACGAAGGCAGAAGAUUUGGACAGUGUAUAUGAAAUAUACAAAUGUGUAGAUUGGAUCAAAUCUAAUAAUUUCCAGAAGGUAUGCCUACAAUUUCCAGAUUAUUUGCUACCCGAUUCAAGCGAAGUUGCAUUCAAAUUGCAGUCCAUCUUAAGUCAAAUUGUUUACGUUUUAGGAGAUACUGCGUAUGAAAGUUGUUGCAUAGAUUAUAUUGCAGCUGCACAUAUCAAUGCCGAUGCAAUUAUUCACUUUGGACCAGUUUGCUUCUCAAAAACAUCUGCCAACAUUCCUUAUUUAAAUGUCUAUGAAAAACAUUUCCUUAAUGUCGAAAAACUAAAAGCCAGCUUUGAGGAAAAAUUUGGGGGUGGUAAUAGUGGAAUUACUAUUUUAAUAGACGCUGGUUAUAUACAUCUUUCAGAUGAUAUUCAAGUAGCAUUUCAAGCAUAUAAAAAUGUUAAGGUGCAAAAAAUAGAUGAGGAUCCUUUAGUCAUUAAAAAUAAGGUUAUAAUAUUUCUCGGCAGCAGUGAGAGGAAGUUGAUGAACAUAGAAUUUACUUUUCAACCCAAACAACUUUAUUACUAUGACGGAUCUAUAAAACAAUGCGAGGCCCAAACAAAAGUGCUGAAACGAAGAAAUUAUCUCAUGGAAAAAAUCAGAGAUAGUAAAACGAUAGGUAUUGUUAUUGGAACUCUUGGUGUUCAAAACUAUUUAAAAAUUAUCGAAAGAUUGAAGAGCUUAAUUAAAUCAAGGGGGAAAAAAUAUUACCUGAUUAGUGUGGGAAAACCGACCGUAGCAAAACUGGCAAAUUUUCAAGAGAUAGAAAUAUAUGUUGUAGUAACUUGUUCCCUCAGUGAAAUAUACGAAAAUCGUGAUUUCUACAGGCCCAUAGUAACGCCGUUCGAUGUGGAAGCUGCUCUGAACCCUGACCCUGAUAAAAACAUAAGGUUUUCCUACGAUUAUAAUAAUUUUUUAAACGAUAAACCGGUGGGUGAAUAUAGAGGCGAGGAAGAAACUGCAGACGUCAGCCUUUUAACAAAUAAAAUACGGACUUUAAACCAUCAAGAGGAAAGUGCUUUUAAUAUGGACUCAAAUACUUCACAAAUAGCUGUUAGGCCGGACGGUACGAUUAUGCUGAGAGGUAGUCGUGGAGCAGAGUUUUUAGCUCAGAGGUCGUGGAAGGGUUUAGAACGGGAUGUGGCGGUAAAGGAAGCGGAACUAGCCAAGGAAGGAAGAUUGGGUACUGCAAAGAAAUACCAAAACGAACCAACGUGAUACUUUUCAAGUAGAUCCUUUUAUUUUUUUAGAGUUUUUGCUGUAAAGUAAACUGAUUAUUAAUAAUGUUUAAUUUA